AUGGGUAGUGCAUGUUGUAAAUCUUACUCUUUAUUUUCACAGAAUCGUUCAGAUGUAUUACCUUCUUUAGUAUCCUAUAUAAAAACUGACUCAUUACAAAGAAAUUAUCCUCAAAUUAUAAGAGAUGUACCAAAUAAAAUUAAUACAGAUAAAUUAACAUCAACAUCUAUUAAAUCUAUUAAACAAGAAUCAUCGGAUAGAUUAUUACAAUAUCGUAAACCUCCAAUAAUUGAAAAUUCUAUUGUCAUUUGGUUAACUACAAAUAUUGAUAAAAAUCAAAAUUCAAUUGAUCAAUUUCGUCAUAAUUUUAAUUCUUUUCAAUUAUUUAUUAAUAUCGAUGAAUUUUUUUCAUUUAUAAUUCAUAUUAAAGAAGAAAAAUUAUUUUUAAUUUUAUCUGAUAUAUAUGCUAAAAAAGUUAUUUCUUGUAUUUAUCAAAUGUCUCAACUUAUGGCAAUUUAUAUUAUUUCAAAUGAUAGAUUAAAAGAUCAAUCAUGGAUAAAACAAUAUGAAAAAAUAAAAGGUAUAUUUACUAAUAUUGAAUCAAUAUAUAAGAAACUUAAAUAUCAUCUUCAUCUAUCAGAAAGUGAUAAUAUACCAAUUGAAAUACUUAAUUCAUCAUCAAUUAUUAUUCAAUAUUUAUUGAAGAAAAUUCUUCUUUAUGAAAUUGAUUAUAAUGAGAAAUCUAAAAGAGAUUUUAUUAAUUUUACUCGUGAGCAAUAUCGUAAUAAAUUGAAUGUAAUUAAUGAAUUUGAAGAAGAUUAUAUUUCUUCAAGAGCAAUUUGGUGGUACACAAGAAAAUGUUUUCUUUAUUUCGCAAUUGAUAAAGCUUUUCGUAAACAAAAUAUAGAACUUCUGAUUAAAAUGGGUUUCUUUCUUCGUGAUGUUCAUCAACAAAUUAAUCAAUCAUAUAAUAAAAUAGAUAAUGAAAAUGAAAUGAUUGUUUAUCGAGGACAAGGAAUAUUAGAAUAUGAAUUAGAAAUAUUCAAAAAUCAUAAGAAUGGUUUUAUUUCAUUUAAUAAUUUUCUUUGGACAAAUAUUGAUCGACAAAUAUCAUUAAGUAUUGCACGUUCAGCAACAAAUAAUCCUAAUUUAUUCGGUAUUUUAUUUCGUAUGAAAAUAAAUUCAUCAAUAAAAUAUAUUUCAUUAGAAAAUUUAAGUUAUUAUUUAAAUUCUGAAAAUGAAAUUUUAUUUUCUAUUUAUACUAUAUUUCGUAUUGGUAAAAUAAAACAAAUUGAAGAUAAAAUUUGGCAAAUCAAUUUAAUUUUAGUUAAUGAUGAUAAUCAACAAUUAAAAGAUUAUCUUCAAUCAAUAAAAUAUAAUGAAGAACAAACUUCAUGGCAACAAUUAGGUUUUUAUUUUAUUCAAAUAAAUCAAUUAGAUAAAGCUGAAGAAUUAUAUAAAACAUUACUUGAAUCAAAUUCAAUUAAUAAUUCAAAACAAUUAACUAUAUUAAAUGAACAACUUAAAUUUAUUUAUAAUAAAAAAAAUAAUUUAAUAGAUUCAACAUUAUAUUUUAAAACAUCAUUAAAAAAUUCUUCAAAUGAUUUAUUACAAAAUAAUUCUAGUCUUUAUUCAAAAUAUUUUAAUAAUGGUAUUCGUUUUCAUAAAGAAAAUAAUUUAUUUGAAGCAGUACAAAAUUUUAAAUGUGCAUUAAAUAUUGCAUUACAUGCAUCAGAAAUUGAUUAUUUACAGAUAGCUUCUCUUUAUUAUCGUAUUGCUGAAAUUUAUAAUGAAAAAGAAAUAUUUAUUCAAGCUGUUGAAAAUUAUCAAUCAGCUUUAGAAAAUGAACUUAAACAUUUUCCACGUCAAUAUUUAUCCAUAGCCAAAAUUUAUAAUAAAAUUGGUGAAAUUUUUUAUCAAAUAGAAGAUUAUACAAAAGCAUUUUCUUAUUAUGAAAAAUCAAUUAAAAUUCAAAAGAAAUUUCUUUCACCAAAUAAUUCAAUAUUAGCAAUAACUAAUUAUAAUAUUGCUAUAAUAUUUAAUGAUUUACAACAAUAUAAAAAAGCUAUUGAAUAUGCAUCACAAGCUGUUAAUAUUGCACGUCAUUCAUUUGGAUCUAAUCAUGAAGAUGUACGAUUAUAUAAAGAUUAUCUUGAUGAACUACGAGAAAAAACUUUCAUUGGUGUUAUACCAAAUGGUUCUGUUUAUGAAUAA